CAGCUGUAUUUUGUGCAAUGUGCACAAGGAAAGAGGUAAUCAAACAUGAAUACAUGCGUAGAUGAUAUCGAAAUAAAAAAUGAAUAUAUAUUUCAUUUUGCACAUUAGAAGAAUUAGGCAUCCUCACAUAGUCAAGCAGGCUACCUCAUGAUAUCCAGGUAUAGAAAGACUAAGCUUGCCUAAUCUGGUUAUACGAUGUCAUAGUCCUAAAAGGAAGUCUGAGUUCGCUGAAAGUAAUCACAAUAAGACACCCUGCUAUUCUCAAGUAAACAAGAACAGCCGCAUCCUGUUAAUUCGUUACCACGAUUUAAGGUCUUCAGCAUUAUCUUUGUGAAGCCUCUCUGACUGUUUUUAUGGUCCAUGUGAAGCCUCAGUAGGUGACAACUCUGUAAGAUAGGACCUGCGAAUACUUUUCCACUCGAGGGUGAAGGGUGAAGUACUAGAUACUACCAUUGCUGUCAAGAACAAUGAAAAUUGCUUAUGACCUGUUUCUACCUCCCCGGGUUUCAUACUCUUGCAUUCUGAUGUUGAUCGAAAUAUUCUCUCUAAAGCUGAGUGCUCACCACUCAAAGAAGUAUCGUUGAACAUGAAAUGACUCAUUGCAAACCUUUGUCCUAGCCCAGGCAAGGCGUCAUGCAGGGGAGGCUAAUUCUUGGAGCUUUAAACAUGCCUCCAGAUCUUUGGGGAAUAUAUGCAGGAACAACUUACCAUACAGGCCAUUCACUAAGAUCAUGGCCAGCCACAGCUACAACUAGGCCAUCUGGAGAUUGAUAGGUGCUCAACAUUUCCAUGCAACAAAGAAGAACUAUAAGGAAAAUAAUAAUAUUUUAUGAAAAGUUAGAUUCCAUUUGCUCAUAGUGCACAAUGGAAUGUUGUGAACAUAAAGUUGGAUGCCUCACUCCUAUAAAUUUACGAUGAACUACUCUGUUCUUCCACACAGAAAAUUUUCAGCCAGCCCUUCCACCAUAUUGAGCAUUUCUCACAGCCUAGUCGAUCGAAGUGUCAGUAAAAUCCUCUUGUGUAGCCUUCCUACAAUAAUAAAACCAAGUUAUGUCGCGGGGCAGGGACCCUUUGGCACUGAGCCAGGUAAUUGGUGAUGUGUUGGAUCCUUUCGUAAAGUCAGCUGCCAUGAGGAUUAAUUAUGGUGAGAAGGAGAUUACAAAUGGCACUGGGGUACGAUCAUCUGCCGUGCUCAAUGCACCACAGGUGGAGAUUGAAGGUCGUGACCGGACGAAGCUCUACACACUUGUUAUGGUGGAUCCUGACGCGCCAAGUCCAAGCAAACCGGAAUACAGGGAAUAUUUGCAUUGGUUGGUGACAGACAUCCCAGAGGCAACAGAUGCACGUUUUGGCAAUGAAAUAGUUCCCUAUGAAGCUCCACGGCCACCAGCCGGUAUUCAUCGGCUUGUUUUUGUGCUAUUCAAACAGGGAGCACGGCAGACAGUUUAUGCACCAGGAUGGCGGCAAAAUUUUAACAUCAGAGACUUCUCAGCAUUUUACAAUCUUGGACCACCGGUUGCUGCAUUAUUCUUCAACUGCCAAAAGGAGAGUGGUGUUGGUGGCAGAAGGUUCCAAGGACCAGGCUGAGGGAUGGAUGCAGGAGGGCUCUAGAACAAGGCAGCACCAUUUUCAGAAACUAUAUAGUCCACCAAAGAAGGGCGGGCCUGGCACAGUGGUAGAGUCUCUCCACUUGUGGCCUGGAGGUCCUGGGUUCAAACCAGCCUCCUUGCAGAAUUAUUAUGCAAGGGUAAGGCUGUCUAGAAAUUCCCUUCCCCAGACCCCACCUUGUGUGGGAGCUUUCAGCACUGGGUACACCCUUUUUAUAUAGUCCACCAAAGCUUUUGAGUUUGACAGCCCAUAUAGCACCAGUUAACAAUCCAGUAGUCCAGCAAUUGAUUCAUAUCAUAUGAAACAAAGUAUCAUCCGAGUUCUCAUAUAUCACAUCUCUAAAUAUAAAAAUUAAUAUUAUGUUU